AAAGGUCUGAUAAACCCUAAAUCCCCAAAAUGGAAUAGUAAAACUUUCCAGAAGAUCUCAAGUCGAAAUCCGCAAACGAAGAAAUGAUUAGAAGAAGAAUCUCGUCGAUCAUUUCAACAUCAUUCAUCAAUUCUUCGAUUCAUCAUACCGCCAAACCCAGAUUCAUCUCUUCCCCACUUCUUCAAUGCCGUCGUUCUCCGAUCCUUACUCAAAUUCCUCCUACCUCGGCGAGUAGAGUUUCUUCGUUUCAGGGAAUUAGGGCUUACAGUUUAUUGAGCUUGAACGAUCUGAGAGAUAAUGUGCCCAGAAAACUCAGGACGAGGAAAGGAAGAGGUAUUGGGUCUGGUAAAGGUAAAACUGCGGGAAGAGGUCACAAGGGGCAAAAAGCGAGGGGGACGAUGAAGUUUGGUUUCGAAGGUGGGCAGACUCCAUUACGACGCCGUUUACCCAAGCGUGGCUUCAAAAACAAAUUUAAGCUCCAUUUUCAGCCGGUUGGUCUAGGAAAGAUCGCUAAACUCAUAAACGCUGGGGAGAUAGAUUCUCAUGAGUUGAUCACAAUGAAAACUCUCAAGGAUGUCGGAGCCAUAGGUAAGCAAAUAGAAGACGGAGUAAGACUAAUGGGUCGUGGUGCUGAUGAGAUCAAAUGGCCACUUCAUUUCGAGGUUUCGAGAGUGACGGUUAGGGCCAAAGAGGUGGUAGAAGCAGCAGGAGGAUCAGUGAGAAGAGUGUAUUACAACAAACUGGGCUUAAAGGCAUUGCUUAAACCGGAAUGGUUUGAGAAGAAAGGAAGGUUAUUGCCAAAAGCAGCGAGACCGCCUCCUAAACAACAAGAUAAGGUUGAUAGCAUCGGACGUCUUCCCGCUCCGAAGAAACCUAUUCCGUUUUUUGCAGCUGAGGAGAACAAAGCUGAGUCUCCUCUUGAAUCGUGAUUUUUGGGUUGGCUUUUAACAUCCAGCGUUUCGAUUUGAAGUUGUGGUGUUUUGUUGUUUCUUGGUCAUGUUCUUGCGAGGAAAAUUUACAAUGUUGGAUUUUUAUUUGACCAAUAAGUUCGUUCUCGUUUAAUUUUUUUUUUUUUGUAUUUUGUCACAAUAUAUUUUAAGGGUAAUUUUAAAAAUCAAAAUAA